AUGGAAGACACCAGCACUUCUGCAAUGGCUGAGGAAGCUACCAAUGAUCCCAAGGACGCUGCCAAUGAUGCCAAGGACGCUGAUUCUGCUGCUGCCAGAAAUGAUAAUGAAAGGGGUUUUGAAGGGGUCAUCUUUUCUUCCUCAUCAGUUUUAGACUUGAGUCAGAAAGGCCUGUGCCACUUGGGAGAGUUCUUGAAAGUUCCCCACCUUCAACAAUUGCACCUACAGAGGAAUUCGCUCAUCAGGAUUCCGAAGGAUUUUUUCCAGCUGCUGCCCAACCUGAUAUGGCUAGACCUCCGUUACAACAAGAUCAGGGCUCUUCCCUCUGGGAUUGGCUCUCACAAACAUUUGAAAACUUUGCUUUUAGAAAGAAAUCCUAUCAAAAUGUUACCCAUUGAGCUAGGCCAGGUCGCCACACUGAAGGCCUUGAACCUGAGAUUCUGCCCUCUGGAAUUCCCUCCUCACCUGAUCGUGCAGAAAGGCUUGGUGGCAAUCCUGACCUACCUGCGCUUCUGCUCCGUGGAGAAUGCCUUCCCUGGAGAUGAGUUGCCUCAGGUCUCAGUGGUUAAGAUGGGCCUCAAUGACCUUUUGUACCCUGUGCUUUCUCAUCUCCAUAUAGGCAUAUUCACUGAGAAAGGCCUUAAUGCUCUGGGCCUCGAGGCAGCUGUGGCAAAGGAAAAGGCUGACUUCUUCCCACGUAUGGGCAGGCUAGACCUAAGCAAAUCCAGUGCCUUCUCUGAGAACUGGCCCAGUAAGGAGGAAAUCAAGCGCUUCUGGAAGCUGAGGCAGGAGAUCGUGGGGAUUGAGGAGGUGGAGGUUCAGGGGAAGAAGCACCUGGCUGCCGAGCUGCCUCCAAAUCUCAGGGAGGCACUAAAUAACAAGGAGAAAAGGCACCAGAAGCGAGGACCCACAGUCAGAAAGAAGUCCACCCCCUCCAAAGGCAUCCUUCCCAACAUCCCUUCAACGAAUCAAAACACAAUUUAUACAAAAAGGCUGGAGGACAGUCAUAUGGUGGCUCUCCGGGAGCUCCAAGAGAAGGAGGCACUGCUGGAGCAGCGGAGGAGAGACAAGCUAGUUCUGAAGGAGUGGAGAGAGCAGACCCAGCUAAUGAGGAGCAGGAGGGAGCUCAAUAAUCCCCAGCCUUUCAAUAAGAACACGAUGGCAUCAAAGAUUCCCUUUGCCACAGAUUGGAUAGACUAUAGGAAAACGCCAGUGGAUCCACUUGGGAAAGUGAAGCACAGCAAAGAGAGGACAACACAAAGGAGUUCAGAACUAAGCACCUUGCCAUUAGCUGAGCUGGAGGAGAGGAUAAGACGGCACACAGAGCAGAUCCAUGCUCGAAGCUUCCUGGGCACCAACCCACUGCAAGACAUAAAGGUGGCCAGCCAGGACCUGGAAAAAGCCAAGAAACUUCAGGAGGAGUUAGGGACACUGAAACUGAAGAUGACCUUGAACAAAGAACAUCCAUUUGGAACUUUAACUGGAAACCUUUCACUUCACCCACCAGCAUCACAGCCUCAAAAAAUAUUUUUUAACACAAAAUACUAG